UUUAAUAAAUACAGCCAUAUUUUUAAAGGGUGCAAAUAAAAUAGGUCAUAAAUGAAUAGGUAUUCUUCAGUUUCCAACCAGCUGUGAGAGCAUUUUCACUUGAUUUGUUUUGUUUUUGUAGAAAGAUGGCAAUAAUUCAAACCUGUCUACAGAAGACAAACAUCACUUGAGAGGCUAAUGUUAGGAAUAUGCCAAUCUUGAAAUGUUUAUGUAUGCAUUAUGGGACAUUAAAUGUCUACAAAGAUGAACAAGGUGAAGAGCUUGAAGCUAGAAAUAGAGAGUCAAUCACGGAAAUCAUGAAAAUAAUUUAGAAAUAUGAGAUGGAGAGGGAUAAACAGGCAAGACUUAUUUAUGCACUUUGUGUCCUUCCUAUCUCUCUCUACACCCCCUCCUUCUCCAGGAGCCCUCUGAUCUCUGUCCUCACUCUGUUUUCUGUCCAAUGUCCUCUGUUCUUUCUCCUUGCUUGUGCUGGCAGGCUGAUGUAAAGGCCUGAGAAUGGGGAAACACCCGGUGAGUGUUUGCACACAGUUGCUCUCUUAUUGCAGAGAGGGAACUCCUGACCGUCACUCCUGGAAUCUUACAGUUUUGACUUUUCUUACAGCUCUUUAUUUUUCACUAAGGUUUCAGUAAUCAAGGCUGAAUGUGCAGAAGAGUCUUCUGUAAUGGAUGAUGACAAGACUGCCACCUGGGAUGACAGGACAGUGUCAUAGGCAGAACAGACAGCUAUUAGCAAGCACAUUUCCGUUGCAGUUAGUUGAUGUGGACCUGACGAAACAUACCCAGUGCGCCUUAAUUAACACUCUGAACCUCCUGGUCAAAUCCCAGAGGAGUCUGAUGAACCAUGCGCUGCUCGACGCUGCUGACAAUCCUGACAGCCGUGCUGCUGUAUCUGGUGAUGGGAGCGUUGGUGUUCGGCUGGCUGGAGGCUCCCAAAGAAGAACAGGCUUAUGACCAGCUGCUUAAAUCUCGACUAACAUUCCUGCAAAAGCACAACUGUGUUCAAGAGAGCAACCUCAGUGAGUUCACUCAGCAAGUGAUUGCUGCGAUUGAGGCUGGUUUGGAUGCCAGAAUCACGUCUAAUUUCACCAGCAGAUGGGAUCUAGCCAAUGCCUUCUUCUUCUGUGGGACCAUCAUCACCACCAUUGGGUUUGGAAACCUCUCCCCGAAGACAGAGGGAGGCCAGCUAUUUUGUAUAUUCUAUGCUUUAGUGGGGAUCCCCAUGUUUGGUAUCUUGUUAGCUGGAGUUGGAGAUCAUCUGGGCACCAUGCUCAGGAAGGCAGUUGCAAAGAUAGAGGCUCUGUUCCGGCAGAAGAAGGUGAGCCACACCAGUGUACGGGUCAUAUCUGCAGUGUGCUCCAUUCUGAUUGGCUGCUUGAUCUUCAUUGCCUUACCCACCGUGGUGUUUCAGGAAGUGGAAAACUGGACGCUUCUGGAGGCAGGAUACUUUGUAGUGAUCACACUGACAACUGUGGGCUUUGGUGACUAUGUAACAGAGAACCGGAAAGAUGGCAUUCCUAUAUACAAGCCCCUCGUGUGGUUGUGGAUUGUGUUUGGCUUGGCCUACUUUGCCUCCAUCCUCACUAUGAUAGGCAACUGGCUCCGAAUGCUCUCCAAGAAAACCAGGGCAGAGAUGGAGGAGCUAAGAGCACAUGCUACAGAUUGGACCCAGAAUAUCCAGAACAUGUCUAUGGACUUUCGCAUCCCUGUCCCUCUGGACCUUAAUGAUCCCUUCCAGCUCCAUCGUAGGCGCAGAAGGAAACGCCGCCGUGGUGCCCACCAUCGGCACCCAAGGCGUACUGUGGACGGACUUCCUCAUGGAGUUUCUCUGGAGGUUAAUUCCAUCAAGGAAAAUGGCCAUCUGUUUGUGAACUGGCCUGGUUCCCGGUUUAACAGUGCAUCAGACACCAGAUUAUAUACGAGUUAUGAGAAGAGACCUGGAUCAUGCUUGGCACCAGGACAAAGCUCAAGGCCUAUCUCACGUUCUGAAUUGAGGUCUAAUUCUAAGGCUGGAUCAGGAUCCACAUCCAGGUCAGUUUCAGGAUCAGACUCCAGAUCUGAGACACCAUCAGAAUCCUGGUCCCAGUCAGAAUGGAACUCGCAGGGGUCUGGGUCAGGAGCUGAGAAUGAGAAAAAACAAGCAAGCGAAAAUGAUAUCCCUGUUGUUUUGAUCAGAAGCUGUGCGAGUCUUCCACCUCCUUCUCCUGCUCCUUCUUCUCCCCCUGAGCCCUCUCUCCUGGACUUCUUUGGUGAGAACUUGGCUUACAUUGAUGAGUCCUCGGACACACUAAGUGACCGCAUCAAAGUGUCUGGAGCUGGCUCAAACCGGCCUCGUAGGCCCAAGAAAAGAAGCAUAAGAAGGCAGCUUCCAUCCAUGAGUCCGUUAGGACUACAGAGAGCAUGCAGCAGUGAACUUCAUCCCCCAUCAUAUCCACCAACACCUCCGCCAAUAAAAGACUGAAGACAUUAGUCCCCAAUCUCUGCAGGAAAUGUGAAACUUGAGUUUUUCACUCCAAGCUUAACAACGCAUACAGAAAUGUGUGAGUAGCCACAAAUCGGAGUUAAUUUACAAAGAAAACAAUGUUUUCAUGGAUAAAGUCAUAUCCCUGUGGCUAGCUUGAAAAAGAUGUUAACAAACAUACAUGUGUUCCGUGUUUGAUACUUAGAACUCUUACCCAGUGGUUGAAUUUCAGAAUAGUCUUAGGGGUUGUGGUCAAUUACAAUGGCAGAGGAUUUGGGAAUAUAGUCAUUAUAUAAGGCCAUUAUAUAGCCUACACACUAUAUAAAUCCCACAUAAAAGAUAAAAUCUAGAACCCUUAAGAGAGGUCUUCAGUUGUCCCUCUGGGAAAACCCUUCUAUGUAGAUCCCUACAAGUGAUGAUUUCUCUAUCAGAAAGAGAUCCAAGCUAGAACCCUUUUGCAAGCUAAGAAUACCUUGAAAAAAAUGUGAAGGAAAAAAAAAGUGUGCACUAAUGUUCAACUUAGGUAGCAUGUUUCCCCCCCAAAUGUUAUUAAACUGCUCUGGAAAUAUCUUCUUUACCAUGAAAUAAGGCUAAAGCCAAUUUUUUGUAACCUAUUUAAUGGAGCAGCAUAGUAAUAUAUUAAAAUAAUCCCCAAGAUUCCAAAGUCAGAUUUACCUUUUUGUUAACUUUAUUAACUGACAUGUUUCACAGAUUAAUGUUGGUUGUAUCUAUUUUUUCCUUUAUAAGGACUUUUAAGAUAUUUUAUUCAAUAAUAGACACCUAAAUAAUGUAUAAUAUACAUUAAUGAACACGGUUAUAAGAAAUCAAAAAAGGUUGGAAAAGGGGUGUGGGGGUUGCUUUACAAGUGGUAUGCACAUGUUCAUGUCACUAAUACUGAUGCAUGCCUUUGUGAUAUGGCUGUCAGUCAUUGAGUCUUUCAGCCAAUAUUAAAAGGUUCAGAAGUGCAACAUUCCCAAUUUUACUACUAUUGUUAUUAUUGUCCCUUCCCAGUGUAGACGAUGUACAUAUUGAAGUUCAUGUGGCUGCUCACAAUGUACUGAUUACAUUCCUAAUCAAGACAGCUCUGACUGUCAAAAAGGCUUACAUGGCACACAAGUUGAGAUUGAUUCCUAUGAACCGGACAUCCUAUGCAUGUUUCAAAUGACUUGUCUUGUUUAGGAAUGCUCCACUAGUUCAGAAGUAAAUAUUAUUAUGAAAUCUAGAUCCAGAAUUGUUUCACCCAAGCAGUCCAGUGAGGUUGCCUUAGAUUGAAAACACAGCCACUGAAACACACUUACAUUUCCAUAAAUCAUGUACACUCUACCAUCUUUAUUAACCAUUCCUACAGUUUUUUAAAACACACUUUGCAUUAUUUUGUACUAGUAGUUUAUUACAUAAAGGACUUUAUGAUGAUGUUUCAUAAUAUAUUAUAUAAUAAGUAUUUAUCUUUUGAUUAUGUUUUUGCCUGAUCUGCAGUUCUUGAAGAAUAAGCAGAAGGUAUUACAUCAAUUUGAACCUUUUUUCAAAUAUUUAAUGACAUUGUAUUAUUUGAUUAGAUUUGUUGACUCUCUGAAUGUAUAUGAACCUAAUGCCAUUAACUAUAGCUGCUGGAUAUUGUUUCUUUUAAAGCAUUUCAUGAGAGGCUCAGGUAUGAAGUGAACCCUAGAUGAAAAGAUGGCGCCCUCUUAUGGCUGUCUGACAUUUAAUUUGACUGCCUUUUUUUCUUCUUCUUCAACGUUUCAUAUUUUUCUAUGAUUUUGACUUCAGCUGUAGAUAAGUAAAUUGGUAGAGAUCUGUUUCUGCUUGAGUGACCCUGAUGCAAGUAUUCAACAUGCAAGCAUGUUUAGUCUUUA